UGUGUGUGUGUGUGUGUAAAGAAGUCAAGCAGGUUGGACCAAUCUGUGUAUACAUGGCUCCUGAGCGGAUAUUAGCUGCCACACACUGACAAGACUCGGGUUUUCGCUGUUUAAUCUCUUCAUUUGAACUUUUCUCAGCUGUUUUUCUGGAUUUCAGUCAGGGAGGAUUUGUAACUUUGUGAGAGCAGGUAUGAGGAAACAAGCUGCAGCUUGACUUGACGAUGAACACAGUGGAAAGGGUGUGUGUUUGGCUCUGCAGAGAAUGAGGAAGUAUAGUCAAACAGGCAUGUCUAACGUUCAGUCGGGUGUAGGUCUAAUGUCUUAAUAGUUUWUAAUCAAGUUAAAUAUUCUCCAGCUGGAUUUGGUCCCUUGGCGCGCUCAUGUGCCCUCAGGAAUGUAUGGUGCCUGUGUUGGCGCUGUGGUACUGCGCAGGACUGCUGCUCAGCUCUGUGCAUCUGUGUGCAGGUGUGGAAGAAUGCAUCCUUGGCAUUGUGGGCCAGCCCAUUCUUCUGCCCUGCCUCUACCAUGAGCUAUCUGUGAACUUUUCCAUUGAGUGGAGGAAAGAUGAUAAAGUGGUGCUCAGAUCAGUAUGGGAUGACAAAGGGAACGUGGAGACAUGGAGUUUAAAUCAUGCUUCUAUCCCUGCUGAUGCUGCACGGAGUGGUAAUUUCUCCCUGGAGCUGCCUGCUGUACAUCCCAGAGAGGACGGGGUACAUUACAGCCUUUUCCUCAUUUCAGGGGAGAAUCAAAGUUCCCCGCUGUGCAGCGUGUGCUUCAAGGUAGCAGCCAGUUUCAGCAUUUCCCUGUUGAAGAGGGAACACAUGGCUGGGAACGAGACAACCUUCCUGUGUCACUCCACUGGCGGCUACCCGAAACCUUCAGUCUACUGGCUCAUUAACAAUACGCUUCAGCCCCCCAAGGGUUCAGUCAGGACCCUUACAGAGUUUGACCUCUCCUCUCAUUUCUUCAGUGUCACAAGCAACCUGACCAUCUCAGUUUCCAAAAAUGACAACGUGUCGUGCAUUGUCGAGAACCCGUCUAUGAACGAAACCUUGAGAUACACAUACAAACCCAACGACGAUGAGCCUGUUCAGAGUCGAGCCUCAGAGGCCAUGUGGAUCUUCAGCACGGGCCUGUGUGUGGUGGUGGGGAUCAUGGUCAUUGCAGGAGUGGCUUAUCAGAUCCACCUGGACAACAUAAGUAAGAGGAGGAAGAAGGAGUACCGAGAAGAAAAGAGAGGAUACAGAAGACGGCAGCAGAACAGGGAGGAAGACGAGGUCAUGACUUCUGAGUCAAGAGAGACUGAACUGUGAAGAGAAAACAUUUCAAACCAACUUACUUUUUCUAAAGAGAGCCAAAAGAGCACCGACAUGUGAAUGUUUGAUUUGCCACCUGAGGGCUCGUAACACAGCAUGUGCACUAAACAGCCAUAACAUUAUGACCACUGACAGGCAACAAUUCUUAUCAGAAAUAUUGGUCUGGAUGGAUGUGCAGCAGAACCGCCCACUCAGCACUGAAUCCUACAAGAACAGUAAGUUCUGAAGGGYAGUGUGAAGCAAGACCACUCCACAGAGAGCAAACAUCCUGGUACCAGUCACUACAGGACAACUCUGUGUGCUCUUUCUGACUCAUCAGGACGAUGAAGAAGGUAUAACCAAUAGAAGUGUAGUGGUCACCUYGGGGUGGAAUAAACAGUUCCUGUCUUUGACCUUGGUCUCAGAAGAUCUCCUUCAGAGAGACAGAACUCUGUUUAUUUAAAGUCUUAACAGGUUUAUUAAACAGUAAAGAGACAUUUUCUUUUUCUUGWUCAGAUAAUAAACAGAAUAAUAUUCUAUUUAGUUAUAAUUUUAUGAAUGUAUAAAAAAGAAAACACAAAAAGAGUGUUAUUACAAUGUAUUGUGCUUUAAUGCAAAUCAUUGCUAGAACUUUAACUGUGAAACCACAGUAAUUAAUUAUAGAUUUUGCUGUUGAAAUAUCUUAAAUAAAACUCAGCGUUAUGGUUAAGCUUUAUUAUGAAACCUUUUAUAAUUAUUUUUGUCUGAAUCAUCAUAAUGAAUGUUUUUAAAUGAAAUAAUUCAUUUUUAAGUMUUCAGUAAAUCAUUCUUUAAGUGUCUCACCASAGAACAGACUGUACAGAUGUCAACAAUGUUGUUAAGACACCGGGCAGUGCUUCACUUCCUCUUUUAAACUAACAUCUGUGAGCUAACAACAGUCAGUCGUAAAGAGAACGCUCUUGAGCUUCAACGAGGAAGCAGCUGUAGCUCUCCGGAGAGAACCAGCAUCUGGCUGAGGUUUGGCCCAUUGAGUCAACGGGAGAACCUCUCAGCCUGGACCAGACCAACACUCGGUCACAUCUAUUAUUUGAGCUUACCAAAGCUACACACAGAGCAACUUUUGUUUUGAAACUUCUGAGAGGAAGUAUUGUAUUUUUGAGACAGAUACAGAGAAGAGCUUCAUCUCUGAUCUUUGAUUGAAAGCAGCCCAGAAGACGCUGGAAAAUAACASGCCUAGAAAGUGUCCGACUGGAUGAGGCUCUGAGAGUUCUUCACCCAACUGGACGAUCUUUCCUCCGACUUGAACCGCAGUGGGUGACUCAUAAUGGCUGCCAGUUACUGAGCGCGCCUGGUGUCUGGCUGGAUCUGUUGAGAGACGUAUGCCCUUUCUGGUCAAAAUCCACAUUUUUAAGGAUAAAGUUAAAACUAACUAAUCCUCUUCCRCCACCUUCUUUUCUCUUAAACAUGCCCUGCCAAAACUUAAGAAAAAUGCCACAAACAAAUGGUUUAUUAACAUCUAAACCUAAAAGUUUGUCGUUAAAAUUUUUUUAUAGGAAAUUAAGCUCACAAAUAUGUGUACUGUAGUGAUUUUGCUUGUGUAAAUAAAUGCUUGCAUUUAUUAAUAGAUCAAAUCCAAUUCACUGAGUAUGUUCACUUUUUGUGUGUCAUUUAUUUUUGCAUAAAGAAGAUAUUUGUUCCGAAAAUGGAAGAUCCAAUGGUAAAUAAAUUUCCUUAUGACUUUUGUUAUAAGAGGAUGUGAAUCAUUACAGUAGACAGGUGGUCAUAAUGUUAUGGCUGAUUGGUGCAUACGCUUAUGAAAAAAAAAAAAAUGCCCCCUUUGUAUUUCUAGGAGUUUCUGUGUCAAAUAAUCUGGAGUCUUCCAGGUUGUUCAGCCGUGAUCAAAUAUUUAUUGAUGAAAAGCUUCAUUUUAUUUGAUCUGAAUCAGUUCAGAGGAGAUUUACUGUUUUGUUAGUAAAGUCUUUAUUUGAUUA